AUAACAUAUUUUCGGUCACCUUAUUAAAUUAAACAUGGACUCAACUCUCGUUCUUUGUCCGCCAUUCAAAAUCAAAACCCAAAAUGAAAUUAAUAAUCUUGUCUUCGACACAUCCCACAUCGAAAAACAGCCAAAUCUGCCGACGCAGUUCCUAUGGCCGCACGAGGAUUUAGCCUCCGCCGCCGAAGAAGAACUCAAACAGCCGCCGGUGGACCUGACCGGAUUCUUCGCCGGCGAUCGGGAAGCAACCCUUUCGGCGGCGGCACAGAUUAGAGCCGCCUGUCUGGAUCAUGGAUUCUUCCAGGUCGUCAACCACGGCGUGGACCCCAGUCUAGUUAGGGCGGCGCACGAGCAGAUGGAUGCCUUCUUCAAGCUGCCGGUGGACAAAAAGCUGGCCGUGAGAAGAAAACCCGGCGGCGUUUGCGGGUAUUCCGGCGCCCACGCCGACAGGUUUUCGUCGAAACUGCCGUGGAAGGAGACUUUCUCCUUUACUUAUCAGCAUAAUUCAAAUGGCGCCGAUGUUGUCAACUAUAUCGAGUCUAGUCUCGGCCAAGAUUUUCAUCAAGCAGGGUUUGUAGGCAUUGACAAUGGAAGAUACAAGAGUUGCCUACACAGAGCAGUGGUGAACAAGGAGAGAGUGAGGAGAUCUUUGGUGUUCUUUGUGAACCCGAAAGACGACAAAAUAGUUCGGCCCCCGCCCCCGCCCCCGCCCCCACCCCCGGGCCCGCCCCCUUACGCACAACAUCAAGAGCCAAGAAUGUACCCAGAUUUCACAUGGUCGGAUUUGAGAGAAUUCACACAAAAUCAUUACAGAGCAGAUACCACUACACUACAAAACUUUGCCCACUGGCUUUCACUCCAACAACAAUAAUAAAAGAUCACACACAAUUAUUACCUUAAUUCCCAUGUUUUUCUUCAUUGCAUUGUCCUUUUUUUUGUUUUCAAUAAUAAUAACAAUGUGUACGUAUUUAUGCAUGUGCAUGAGUCGAGGGGCCUUUCUUCAUCAUCAGUACUACAAUUUGGUUUUAUCUUAUCUUAUUAAUUAUCAUGUCUUUCUUUUGGAUGGACUUGUUGUACUA